AUGAAGCUGGAAGGGCAGGUGGCAGUAAUCACCGGGGCGGGUCGCGGCAUUGGGCGGGCCAUUGCCCUGGCGUAUGCCAGAGAGGGGGCCAAGCUGGUGCUGGCGGCGCGCGGCGAGGCCGAUCUGGAUGAUAGCGUCGCAGCCGUGGCGGACAUUGGCGGUGAGGCCGUGGCCAUCCGCACUGACGUCACCAGCCAGAUGGGCACCGAACGCCUGGCACGGAGGACUGUGGAGCGGUUCGGGCGCAUCGAUAUCCUGGUCAACAACGCCGGGACAUCCGGACCCAUCGGCUCGCUGCAGGACAACGACAUCGCUGAGUGGGUGGACACGAUCAACGUCAACCUGACCGGUACCUUCCUGGUCUGCCGGGCCGUGAUCCCCGUGAUGCUGGCGCAGGGUGGAGGCAAGAUCAUCAACCUGUCCGGCGCUGGUGUGGCCAAUGCCUGGAGCAACAUGUCGGCCUACUGCUCCAGCAAGGCCGCGGUAGUGCGGAUGACCGAGGUGCUGGCGCAGGAACUGGACGGCAAGGGGAUCACGGUCAACGCUCUCGGGCCUGGGUCGGUACACACGGGCAUGUGGGAGAAGAUGACGGAACAGGCUGCCGAGGCCGGGGCCGAAUUCAUCCACGAGCUGGGGCAGAGGGUGCUGUCGGGCGGGGGCGCCCCGAUCGACGAUUGCUCUGAGUUGGCCGUGUGGCUGGCGUCCGGCGAGAGCGGACCGCUGACGGGCAGGAUUAUCUCGGCGGCCGCAGACGACUUCCGGAACCUGGGGCCGAAGAUCCCGGAAAUCAUGGAGGGGGACGCCUACACGCUCCGCGUGGUCAAAUAA